GCUUUCCAGUGCGUGGUUGCCUAACGUUUCUGAGAGCCUGCUCUCGCGAGAGGUGGAAAGGGCGCAGCGUUUGAAGCAUGGCGGACGACGUAGAUCAGCAACAGACCACCAAUACCGUAGAGGAGCCCCUGGAUCUGAUCAGGCUCAGCUUGGAUGAGCGAAUAUAUGUGAAAAUGAGGAAUGACCGAGAGCUUCGAGGCCGGUUACAUGCGUAUGAUCAACAUUUAAACAUGAUCCUGGGAGAUGUAGAAGAAACUGUAACAACGAUAGAGAUUGAUGAGGAGACAUAUGAAGAGAUAUAUAAAUCCACAAAACGAAACAUCCCCAUGCUCUUCGUCCGGGGAGAUGGUGUUGUCCUAGUUGCCCCUCCGUUGAGAGUUGGCUGAGAGAAAAGAUGAAUCCUGUGUAGGAAAGUGGAGACUUUGUGUCUUGAGAUGUACAGGACACUCCCAGAGAGAGAAGCUCACACGCAUUCUGAUAGUCAGGAAUGACCUGAGGAUUCCUCUACCCUCAAAGAAGUUCAUUUGCAAGCAACUCACAAGCUCUCCAGCUAAAUGAUCUGUCCCUUCCUCCAGCCCUCCAAAUCAGUGUGACUGCCUUUCCCUUUUCAGGAGUUGGCUUGCCCGUUGUUCUUGCAGUUACUUUCAGGUUGUUUUUCUUUAAAUUAAAUUUGAUGUUUCCUUUUUUAUUACUUUU